AUGCAAGAAAUAUCCGAGACAGUGCGGCAGAUCAUCGAAUUCGAGGAUUUAGUGUCGCGGCUGAAUCGAAUAAACGACGUUGGCCGCCCGUUGGCCAAUAACCCUUCCGCUAUCGAAAGAAGAACGGGCAACGCAAUUACGACACCUGUAACGACGACAGCCACGUUAACGAGAACAACGACGACAAAGUCGUCGUCCAAUUGGUCGAGCACUAACGUCGUUGAUCCGCUGCUAGUACCACGUUAUGUAGCCCCGGGAUCGGUACCUGAAUUUCAAUCGGAAUUGAUAUCAAAAUCUGCUACGACGGUGCCUGUGCCGGCGUCGGCGCCAACGUCGACGUCGGCAUCGGCAGAGUAUUCGAGCAAACAAUCACCGUUAUCGUCGUGCGCGCAUUCAACCAUCGGGGCUGCCAUAAAGUCCACCGAUCGGGUGUUCAAUUGUUCGUCUACUUUGGAUCGUCGGCAGAAGGAGGGAGAGAUUGCACCACGAGAACAAGAGCAACGCGUGCGCGUGCAUAUCGGUAUCGACGAGGAUCUGCGCAUGAUUCUCGAGAUGGAUCCGUCGAUCGUUGACGGAAUGCCCACGUCGUCCCCAAAAUUGCAUGGCAAUUCUCGGAACAACAACGGUCAUGUUGCGUUUGCCCGACCGUUACGACCUACUCGCCCACAAGGCUGUCCACCGACGUUUAAAACUGCGACGCCCACAUCGCGUACGCAACUGAAACUCCAGCUGAUGCGAGAGCAGCUACAGGAGCAGGAGAGACGAGAGGCUGAAUUCCGUCAGAAUUUGCAGCAACAGAGACCAACCGCUGCACCUCCUAGGCCUGUACCCGCUGCUCCGCUCUCGUCUAUCGGGGUAGAUGUACCACCACAAGUUUUACAGGUACGGACACCAUUGGAAAAUCCGACGCGCUAUCAUGUUGUACAGAAGCAGAAGAAUCAAGUGCGACAAUAUCUUCACGAAUCGUUUCGUGGCAAUGGUACCACCGGGGACGAAAGCGUUCUUGGAAGAAAUUCAGUCGAAGCCGUGACAACGUCCGCACCGAUGGUUGUUCAGAGUGCACCACCGGGACCAACGGUGCACCAUCCAAAGCCACAGCAUCCUCAUCUAGCCUCGUACCCGCAUGGUCCCACGGUAUUAUCGCACGGCAAUCCGGUUGCCAACAGUCCAGAUCCUACAACUGGUGCAAUGUCACCAGGACUUUCCAGUGUCGCGACCAGCAAUUCCGAGGCGGAGGAUCUUCUGGACGAUAUUUUAUCGUUUGAAGCCAACUCAUUAGGAGAUAGUUUAAAGGACAGCCAAUCAGGAAGCCUGAGCAAUAUUCCAGAAUUGCAGAUCAAGCCUGAACCUCUGUUACUUACCGAGGCGGAGAUACAUGCUCUUGCCAAAGACCGACAAAAAAAGGAUAAUCAUAAUAUGAUCGAGAGACGGCGACGAUUCAACAUCAACGACAGAAUUAAAGAGCUCGGCACUCUCUUGCCUAAAACUAACGACCCGUAUUACGAAAUCGUUCGAGAUGUGAGGCCGAACAAGGGCACGAUACUCAAGUCUUCGGUCGAAUACAUAAAGUUGUUAAAAAACGAGUUGACAAGGAUGAAGCAGAACGAACUCAGACACAAGCAACUGGAACAUCAGAAUCGUCGACUCCUUUUACGGGUUCAAGAGUUAGAAUUGCAGGCAAAGGCGCAUGGUUUACCGGUAUCCGACUUCAGUUGGGCCUCGACUUCCGGUAGCAUGUUAAACGCUUUUCCCCGAAAUAAGCUCGAACAACGCAAGAUUCCAGAAUUGGUUACCGAGGAAGCAACGAGCUUAAGUAUGUCGCAACUCGAAGAUCUAAUGGAGGACGAUGGUAACGGUCCUAUCCAUAGUGGUGAUCCCAUGCUCUCCUCACCUCAUCUACCACCAUUAAGUCCAGCACAGGGUGGCUGUCAACAUGCUCUACCAGACGAAGAUACUCUUGGUAGUUUGGCUCCUACCACACCGAAUUCCUCCACCGAUAUGGACAUUGUUGCGUAACAGAGUUCAAGCGAAUAUUCGAUUUAUGUAUUUUUAAAUUGACAGGACAAUCGAACUUUGUCGUUUCGACAUUUCCUUUUUUACAAGGAAAUAACAAAUGCAAUAUAAACGAUGCCUAGCGAUACACUAGACAAAUAGCGAUUCACAAACGAGACAUCUUCGUGUCAUAUUGUUAUUGACACGCAUGUUAUAUAUUGUUCUUGUUCUGUAUUUCAACGGCUGGCCGUUUUAUCUAUAAAUCAUGCUGUAAAUCAUAGUAGUUUUACGUAGAACGAUAUUUAAUAUAAAUCGUUCUUGAGGAAGCUCACAUACUUUCACGCAUUCAGAAACGAAAAUUAAUUCCUAAAUUCGUAUGUACGGUUAGUUUGCAGCCACCAUUCCCAUACGAGUUACGAAUACUUAUGGGACAUACGUAAUGAAUAACGGAACAUAAAAGUUUCACAAUACACGAGCGCAUCGCGCAGGUCGCGAGUUCGUUGACGAACAAACAAAGCAUUGAAAUAUAUAAAAAUACUUUUGAAAUAGUUGAUUCACUUGGCCAAAGUACGAGAGUUACUUUGGAUGUUCCUUUUAAUUUCCUUUCGCUUCGAUUACAGCUCAAUGUUUUGUCACGUAACGGCUGGUAUACGAACCAGUUUGUUCGAGUUUCUUUUAACGUUUUUGUGCCACUCUCCUUCACUAUUGUUGUCUCAAUGCUUCGUAAUGCGUGAAGAAAAUCGACAGCACGUUUUAUCAUCGAACGACUUUGUCGACCGAGUUUCAUUACUCGAACUACGUAACAAUUGCUCGUUUCUUUCUACAAAAAAUUCUCGAUUUAAAAAGACAUUGACGAACAUUGCGUUAAGGUAUAGAUAUAUAACGGCGAGUAAGUGCUAAUUAAACUUGACACGUAGACCUAAGACGAUAAUCGAGCAAUUAGAGAAGAAACGAUUCGAUGACUCAAGGGAAAAGUUGUACAAGUGCUGUAAAUAAGAUAAGAGGCGAUUCAUUUAAAGACAAAAAGAACAAUACGUAGGAUAAAAAUCUGCGACAGAAAAUAUAUUUUUUAAAGUAUUUCGCGUUGGGAGCAGCAGAUGAUUAAUAUUGCUGACGAAUAAUCGUCGGAGAGGCAGAUAAUAAUAAGUGCCGUUCCCAUCGCCCUGUGAUCCUUUUAAUAUAUGUAACAAUCGCGUUUUACCUUGUUAAUGCGUAUUAUUCGCUCACUGUUAUCCGCGAGAAUCUCGACGGUGAUCGCGAGAAACUACAGAGUAUAUAAAGAGACGUUACAGAAAGAA